AUGUUAGAAAGUGAAUGGCAGCAAGUGCGCACUUAUGCUGACCAUCUGGGUCACCGCGUAGUGCUCGAGCAGUACGUCACGCCAGACUACGAGCCAGACCCCGACCACAUAAUCCCCAUCCAGGUCUACAGCCUUGUACCCCUGGAUGACGACCACACAAACCUCCGGCGUUACCUGAUGCAAAGUUUCUGGGAUAAUGAGGUCAAGCCUUUGUUCGAGAUUUAUUCAUACUGCCCGCCCGACGACUUUGCCUGUAUUGAGCAUAACCGCGUUGAAAUCGCCCGUCGUAAGGAGCAACACCGAUCAGGGGUCGAGAUUCCACUCCCGUUGAUUCCGCGAUUUGUUCGUCCUGACGACUACUCAAACGUUGGGUUUUGUGUACUACUACGAUCGUAUAGCUAUCGACUAGGCUAUAUUGAGGACUCGGAUGAGCUUGCUAAGCUAGGCGAAGGCCCGGACUUACUCUACUUCAACCGCUCGUUUUCUAGCACCCGCGGUUAUGUUGACGACGCGCAGCGUGAAUCCGAGGAUAACGAGAGUCUCUCAUCAGAGGGAUUCGAAUUAGCCACCCAACGCGUUACGGACCAGAUUUAUAUCGGCCAGAUUCUCAUAAUCGAUAUCUUAUACGGCGUCGUUCCCUCUCCGGAGCGAUACGCGUUAGAUAUAGACGAGGUCACUAAUACUCCUGAGGGAAAACCCCCCGACAUUCAAUACCUUGUCCAUGCGCUUUUUCUCAGCUCCAUUCGCGACAUAGCAGGGCCCUCCCUCUUAGAAAGCACGGCGCGCCUAUUCACAGCGUCAAUGUUCUCCCACCUCCCGGCCAACAAAACCCUCACUCUCAAAUUCUUCAUCCCAAAUUCCCCUUCUUUGUCAGCCAUUCGCCCCGCCCAAAACGAGGUUCUCGAAAUUCUAUCCCGGGAAGCUCAAGAAGAGGACCGAGAGAAUGCAUUCCCCAUCGGCGCCCUGCACAACGUCUCUACGGGCGACGAUCAACCCCGAAUAUCAAAACGCAUUACUCCCCAAAUACCCGAAGAACAUAUCAUCACAGGACAAGGGAGAUUCUGCGAGCUCUUUCGCCUAUUCACGGUUGUUCUCGAUCGCCCCAAGUUUGUCUCCGAGGCCGGGGUUUACUUCUACAUAGCGUACCUGGAUGCGUCCGAGAAUCCAGAUCCUUCCAUUCAAGACGCCCCCGAUGAUACGCAGGUUGUGCGGGGUCUGGAUAUGAGUACGGUUGCUGGGCGGUUGGGGGUAGUUGUUCUUGACGGCCUAACAACGUCACCUCUUCUGGUCACCUUGGGAUCCUCGUACUCCACAACAUCCGACGAUGCCAAAUCUAUCCGACAUGAAGCUUCAGCCUCCCCUGAAGAAAAUCAAAUGUACUACCCAAGACACUUAGCAGAUGCCGUCGAGAGCUUCAACAUUCUCCGACAAAAGCUGCCAUCUGAACUCGUCCUGGAGAUUCUAGAAUUCGCAGAGUAUUGGGUGUUAUCUGCUGUCCACAGAGAAGACAUCCAGGAUUAUAAUGAAAAUGACUGUCGUGAUCGAAUCCCAUAUUUGACAUCUGAGCCCAUUCAAGGCGAGCGAUUCCCCGUUCAAGAGAUCAAAUGGCUGUGUAGCGUAGACAGUAACUACACCUGCCAGAGCACCGAUACCGAACGUGGUGAACACAUUUGCUUUGAUGCCCCUAGCUUUGGUGGCUUCUUUGAGGAUGUUACCGCGAUAAAGCUCGGUGAUACCAUGCCUCUGCACUAG